AACAUACUGAUGCGUGUCUGUGUGUGUGUUCUAGAGAGAGAGUAUCGGAAGUGAAACCCUAGAAAGGCGAUCGAAGAAGAUGAGCGGAACGGCGAAGAAGGUGACAGAUGUCACAUUCAAGGCUGGAAAGAACAUUGAUUGGGAAGGUAUGGCUAAGCUUAUUGUCUCCGACGAAGCUCGUAAGGAGUUUUCCAAUCUCCGCCGCGCCUUCGAUGAAGUCAAUAACGAUCUACAGACUAAGUUUAGUCAGGAACCUGAACCUGUAGAUUGGGAGUACUACAGGAAAGGAAUUGGAUCUCGAUUGGUAGAUAUGUAUAAAGAAGCUUAUGAUAGCAUUGAAAUCCCAAAGUAUGUUGACAAUGUCACUCCUCAAUACAAACCCAAGUUUGAUGCCCUGUUGGUGGAACUGAAAGAAGCAGAGCAGGCAUCACUUAAGGAAUCGGAGAGGCUGGAAAAAGAAAUUAUUGAGGUUCAAGAGAUGAAGAAAAAGAUUAGUACGAUGACAGCUGAUGAAUACUUUGAGAAGCAUCCCGAGGUGAAGAAGAAGUUUGAUGAUGAAAUCCGAAACGAUUACUGGGGAUUCUAAGUGGUGAGAAUCGUAAUUCCCCUCUUGUUUGUUGGGUUCUAUAAUAAGAUUCAACUACAUUGUUCAUGUUUUUGCUCGUUUUUCUAGUCGAUUUGCUUGCUUGGAUUGAGUAAUGUAUCGACUUCAUUGUUUUGGAAUUAUAAUAAUCGGCUUACUUUGGCUAUUUAAGUAUUGGAAUGAAUUCAUAUUCUAUCUCAAGUUGAAUUAAAUUGGUUGAAUUUAUUCUAUAUAGUCUAUGUCUUGCUUUAA